AUGGCAAAAAGGUCCAAGAGUCCCACUCCUCCCAGUUCAGAAAAUGACGAGGAGGAUGACGAAGAUGAAAUUCAUCAUGAAUCACCGAGAGUUUCAGUUUCGGUUGCUCCUGUUCACCCACCUACCACCUCUCAAACAACAACUUCCUUAUCACCACCAUCACUGGUUACUUCUUUUCCUAUAUCCACAACCCCCUUACCACCUCCAAUUAUUUCCCAAUCAACUACCACUACCAUUCCUGAACCGACGGUGGAGGUCAACGUAUCUGAAACGGGGGCAACUACUGGAACUGAACCUCCAGUUACUUCUAAAGCUCUUUCUCCCACCCACUCAACUGAUUCCGGUGCCACUCUCAGUGGUGCUAAUGAUGAGUUUGAUUCUACAUACUAUAGUCCCUAUAGGCUUCCUACCGAUGAGGAUGAUGAUGCUCCCAUCACACGCCAACACUUGCAGCCUAUUAAUGAGAAACUGGAUAAAUUGCUUGAUAACAACAAGUCCGCUAGUGGCACUGUUAAUGACUCUUCUUCUGCUUGCAAGAAGGCUAUUGUUGAUGUUGCAGACAUUGUACAUACAACUCAAAUCUUUCUCAACUCACUCAAGGGGCAUACUGAUACAAAUGCAGCUAAGGAAGAGAACACUUCACUUCUCCGUUCUGUGUAUUCUCAGCUGGAAUCCCUUCAAGCUGAUUUAGCAAACAAAAGUACUCUGAAAGAAGAACUUACACGACAAGCAUCCACCAUUGAAGUUCAGAAGGUUCAGCUUUCUCAAGCCGAAAAGGAGAUUUCUUUGUUGAAAACCGAGAGAGUUGUUUUAGGAGCUGUGCAGCGGAUGUCCAGGAUAUGCUGA